AUGGAGUCCGCCUCUCUAUCCCGUAUCGGCCUUGCCGGUCUCGCCGUCAUGGGCCAAAACCUCGCCUUAAACAUCGCCGAUAAAGGUUUCCCGAUCUCAGUCUACAAUCGAACCACUUCCAAAGUCGACGAAACUCUAGAUCGAGCCACCGUUGAAGGAAAACUCCCAGUCUCCGGCCAAUACUCGCCGCGUGAUUUCAUCCUCUCCAUCCAACGACCUAGAUCCGUUAUCAUCCUCGUCAAAGCCGGAGCUCCCGUUGACCAAACAAUCGACGCCUUCUCCGAAUACAUGGAGCCUGGUGAUUGCAUAAUCGACGGUGGAAACGAAUGGUAUCAGAACACAGAGCGACGGAUCUCUGAAGCGGAGAAGAAAGGAUUGUUGUAUUUAGGUAUGGGAGUCUCCGGCGGCGAAGAAGGAGCUCGUAACGGUCCUUCGCUAAUGCCUGGAGGAUCGUUUCAAGCUUAUGAUAACAUCAAAGACAUUUUGGGGAAAGUCGCUGCUCAGGUUGAAGAUGGACCUUGUGUUACUUACAUCGGAGAAGGUGGAUCUGGGAAUUUCGUGAAGAUGGUUCAUAAUGGGAUUGAGUAUGGAGAUAUGCAAUUGAUCUCUGAAGCUUACGAUGUGUUGAAGAACGUUGGUGGAUUGAGCAACCAGGAGCUUGCGGAGAUCUUCACUGAGUGGAAUCGAGGUGAGCUUGAGAGUUUCUUAGUUGAGAUUACUUCUGAUAUCUUUAGGGUUAAGGAUGAGUUUGGUGAUGGAGAGUUAGUAGAUAAGAUUUUGGAUAAAACCGGCAUGAAAGGUACCGGAAAAUGGACUGUUCAGCAAGCGGCGGAGCUCUCUGUGGCUGCUCCGACGAUUGCUGCUUCGUUGGAUUGUCGGUACCUGAGCGGAUUGAAAGACGAGAGGGAAAAUGCUGAGAAAGUGUUGAAAGAAGCUGGAUUGAAGGAAGAGAUUGGUUCUGCGUCGAGCGGAAUCGAUAAGAAGAGAUUGGUUGAUGAUGUUAGACAAGCUCUAUACGCAUCGAAAAUCUGCAGUUAUGCUCAAGGGAUGAAUCUGCUUAGAGCUAAGAGCUUAGAGAAGAGCUGGAACUUGAAUUUCGGAGAGUUAGCUAGGAUUUGGAAAGGCGGCUGUAUCAUAAGAGCGGUUUUCUUGGAUAGGAUCAAGAAAGCUUACCAGAGAAACCCGGAUUUGGCAAGCCUUGUGGUUGAUCCUGAGUUUGCUAAAGAGAUGGUUCAGAGACAAGCUGCUUGGAGAAGAGUGGUUGGUUUGGCUGUUGCUGCGGGGAUAAGCACGCCUGGGAUGUGCGCGAGUCUUGCGUAUUUCGAUACUUAUAGGCGCGCUAGAUUACCUGCAAAUCUGGUUCAGGCGCAGAGAGAUCUCUUUGGAGCUCAUACUUAUGAGAGAACCGAUCGUCCUGGUGCGUACCACACCGAAUGGACUAAGCUUGCUAGGAAGAACAAUCCAACACUCCAUUGA